CUGAGCGCAAAGCUGCCUGCAGAGCUGCACAGAUCAAGUGUACGAGCUGCUGUUCGGCUGACCUGCGCCCCGGCCAAAUUACUUUCAGUAGAUAUUGGAAUACUUUGAAAAGAACAUUAGACGGGGAAAAAAACGUUUGCAACGGAAAACGGUUUUCGGAUAGAAAAAAAAAAAGUUUGGAUUGUGUAAUUAGCCUACUGGAGCGAGAUUCGGACUUCAUGAUGAGCGCUGUUGUGGCCACUGAGGGCCUGUUCUUUUCCGCCUUACAGCCCAGCACCUCGGUCACCACAUAUGCGAUCCCGACCGAUGACCAUCUCAGGAGGGAUCAGCUAUCCAGAGCCAGACGCGUCCAGCAGCAGGUCCAGCAGCGCAUGGCGGAGAAAUCCUCAUCCUCAUCCCGACUCAACGCCUCCACAGAAUUUGACGGCCACACGUCCACUGUAAGAUACCAGACCAAAACCCCUGGAUUCAGUUCCAAGUCUGUGAUCUACAAUGGCAACAGAACAAUAGGAACGCCUCGACUGUCUCAGUAUGCAGGAGAAUUUUCCUCUCGCUCUGCAGUAGAAAUGGGCACUCGUCACAGAAUCAGCCAUGGCGUGCCUAUGCCCGCUGUAGUGGGCCGCCCGUACAUGUACCAUGAUGAUGCACAUCUGAAUGCCUCUUACAAUCAAAUGCAAACAUUGGAAUCAAGGGCGCUGAGUCGGACUGAUGAGGAGGCGGCAGCAAUGGCCGGACUCACGUUACAACGGCAGCCAUCUCCUGUGGGGAACUGGGUGGCGUCCUAUGGCUACAGUUCUCCACCCAAUGUGGUGCAAAGACAGCGCACCCUCAGUGGGACCAUGGCACGAGAAGGUUACAAUACAGGAUGGAGGGAGGCAGAGUUGGCUAAUCAAUAUUCAUUUAAAGGCCCUUCCCACCGAACCAUCAGCCGCAUGAAUAAUCGUCAUGUGCAGCAGCAACAGCAGCAAAGACUGAGCAGCAGCUCAAUGCAGUGGCAGCAGAUGUCCACUGGGGGCACCAGUAUGAUGGGUGCUGGGCAUUACCAGGGCGCCAUGAAGAGAGCAGGGUCUGUGCAUAGUAUGAAGAGUGUCGGUCGUGGUGUGGACAUUUAUGACGGAUUGGCCGAUGGAACCACAGAUGCUCUUGGCGGAAUCCAUAACCUGGACAUGACUACAGCAAUCAGUUACAUCUCUUCCACUGAUGUUGCCAUGCAGAUGUUGGGAGCAGCCUACAUACAGCAUCAGUGUUACCACAGCAAUGAAGCCAAGACCAUGGUUCGCAGUUUGAAGGGCAUCUCAGCAUUAGUACAGCUGUUUAGCAGCGAGAACCAAGAGGUUCAGCGCUAUGCGACAGGUGCUACACGCAACCUCAUCUAUGAGAAUAUGGACAACAAGACAGCACUUAUCGAAGCCGGUGGCAUUAGCAAACUAAUUGGUGCUUUAAAAGAACCCGAUGAUGAGCUACGCAAAAAUAUCACAGGCAUUUUGUGGAACUUAUCUUCUAAAGACAGUCUAAAGGAGAAGCUGGCCAGAGAGGGUUUGUCUGAGCUGACGGAGAGAAUGCUGGUGCCUCUGUCUGGAGGAGGAGAUGCUGGUGUCAUUCAACAGAGUGCGUCUGAGGCCGAUAUUUUCUACAACACCACAGGCUGCCUCAGGAACCUGAGCUCGGUGAAUGAAAGAACCAGGCAGCAGAUGCGAGAAACUCGAGGGCUGGUAGACUCUCUGGUUGGAUACAUCGAAAACUCCCUACAGGAGGGAAAAGGAGAGGACAAGGGAGUUGAAAACUGUGUGUGUGUCCUGCGCAACCUGUCCUACCAGCUGUACUCUGAGAUCCCUGCUUCAGUUCAGAUGCGUUUGGAAGGACCCACUCGAGCACAGGACAUGCGACACAACGACCCCAUCGGCUGCUUCACACCACAGAGCAAGAAAGCAAAAGAUAGGAAUCAAGACCUGACCACCUUCUCUGAAGUGGCACGUGUCCCAAAAGGAGCAGAGUGGCUGUGGCACCCUAAGAUAGUCGCUCUAUACAACCGCAUCCUGCAGAGCUCUGAAACAAACACAGCCACACGUGAGGCAGCGGCAGGAGCCCUGCAGAACAUCACAGCAGGCGACAGAAGGUGGGCCUCUGUGUUGAGUCGUGUGGCGCUGGAGCAGGAGCGGAUGUUGCCGGUGAUUCUUGACCUGUUGCGAAGCCCCACAGAUGCCGAGCUCCGUUCUCUCACGGGUCUGCUGAGGAACCUCUCGCGACACUGCAAAAACAAAGCUGAUAUGGCCACCAAAGUGGUGAAUAUUCUGGUGAACAAACUCCCCAGUGAUGGACAUCAGAAAGAACCGUCUAGUGACGUGGUGGUCAAUGUCUGUGGGGUUCUCAACAACUUGGUUACAGGAAGCUCUCUAGCUGCAAGAGAUAUCACUUACUUUGAUGGACUGCCCAAGCUUGUCAGCAUUAAGACAUCUCAUGACAACAGUCCCGGGAAACUAAAAGCCGCCAGGGCCGCCUCCACCGUUCUGUCCAACAUGUUUCAGUACACCAAACUUCACAAAGAUUACAAACAGAAAGGUUUCACAAGACGGGAUUUCAAGGAUAUGACCAUCUAAUCAUUGUCCAUGACUCAGUGCUAAACUCAGUGGACAAGAUGGAAUUAGAUGUCCAUGGGAUUUUACACUAAAGUCACAAAAGGGAUUGCGACCAGGCUGUUUCUCUCAAACACACACACAGACAUAUUAUGACCUGUAGUGGAGUGAGUGAACGCUGUAGUUUUUACUAGAUUAUACAUUUUAGUCAGCAGCACCAUCAAGUAUUACAGCAUGCCGGAGAUAAAUGCUUACAGAGCACUACAGUAAGUCUAAAAGACGGGCCGAGAUGCACCCGAGACCUAUUUGAGAGAGGGCAGCUUAUAGGCAUGAAACAUUAACAGCCAUUAGUUCAAGUAGCUACAUGUUACUAUGAGUAAUUCAAAGACUAAUUCAUUUUCAUCAGACCUGCUUAUGUUACAUAGUUUUGAAACGUAAGCAUGUCCAGCUUGACCAUUUUAUCCUAAAUAUGUAUUUUUAUUUUGCACACAGAAAUUCAGUUUAUAGGCUAUAAUCAUGAAGUCUAAAAAGAGAAACUGAAGUGAACUGUGAACUAAAAUGUUGUAGUUGUUUACAACUAAAGAAACUGAUAUUGUAGGUUUUGCAAUAAGUAUAUGUUCGAUUUUUGCUUUCCACGUAACACUGCUGCAGGCUUCUGUGGUUGUUACAGUUACAUUGGCCUUGGAUUUUGAGUGCAAAAAAGAUUCUAAAUAUAUUAUAUCUGAAAUAAACCUUUGAAGGCUUGCUCAGAAAGCACAAAUAUGGCAAACCUAUUGCCUUUGAAAAUAAAUAAAAAUUCAUAUUUGAA